CACCAGCAACAGCUUUGGGCUAUCCUGUAUUUUAAGCAUUUAUUUAGAGAGGAACCGCACACAAGGUAAUGAAGGGCAUCGAUCCAGCUUGCUUUAUUAACGGGACGGGCUUCUGAAGCGCUAAUAGGACGCCACUUAUUCUGUGGAGGUUUAAUUAGCCUCGCGCGGAAAAUGUGCUUACUGCGCGCGCUGCCACUCGGCCGUCACCUCGCGCCCCGCACACACGCUCAUUUCACGGGCCGCUGGGACCGAGAUCAAGACAGCGAGGCCCUUCUUCAUUCCAGCGUUCAUUAAAGAGACGGCUACCAACAACUUCGACAGGCUGAUCAAAGCAUGGUCGAAUCUUAUUCUUGGACGUGUAAUAAUGUUUUAACAGAUGUAGAAGAACUGAAGAAGUUUCAAGCAACCAGAACGGUGUCGUGAAAGGAGUGAAUUCUUUUUUCUGAGGCCGCUGCUCACCAAACCGUUACAUUGGAGAUUUUGGACUUUAUCGAGGCUUUUACUGCAAUUUGGGCUAAUUCUAAGAUUUCACAACUUGAAAGGAUAGCUUAGUCAUUGGAUACAUCAUGUAUUCGAGUCUGGCUUUAUCUUCCAACCCGUCCCCCUACGCACACGAUUCCGGGAACUACAUCCAUCCGUCUGCUAGCUCACCUGUGUAUGUGCCCACCACCCGUGUACCUGCCAUGCUCCAGACCCUGCCCUACCUACAGACGUGUGAGUCUUCGCAUCAAGCCCACGGGCUCGGCAGUCACCACGCCUGGCCACAGACUGGCACGGAGAAUUCCUCUUUUAACCCAGGCAGCCCUCAUCCUCCUCCCGGUUUCUCUUAUUCGCACAGCCCGCCGGUAAGCAGCAGCACCGGCAGGGACGCGGCGUACCAGAAUCCGCUGGUGUUGGGUAACAGCGGCCGUGCAGAUCAAUAUGGAAGUGCCCUGGUGCGCUCCGUCGGUGGCUCCUACUCCAGUCCGUACGCGGCCUACAUGAGCCCAGAGAUGGCAACCUCGUGGACGCCAGGGCCCUUCGACGGCGGCAUGAUCGGUCUUCAGGGACGCCAGGGAACUCUACCGGGAAGGAGGUCCAGUUUAGACAUGCUGGAAGAGCUGCCGGGUGAAGGGCGUGAGUGUGUGAACUGUGGCUCCAUCUCAACGCCGCUGUGGAGGAGAGACGGUACCGGACAUUACCUGUGCAAUGCGUGCGGCCUCUACCACAAGAUGAACGGCAUCAAUCGACCCCUAAUCAAACCACAGAAACGCCUGCAAAGCACAUCACGACGAGCAGGUCUGUGUUGCACUAACUGUCAUACCAGUACGACCACGCUGUGGAGGAGAAACGCAGAGGGAGAGCCCGUCUGCAACGCCUGUGGACUGUACAUGAAGCUCCACGGGGUACCAAGGCCAUUAGCAAUGAAGAAAGAAAGCAUUCAGACGAGAAAACGCAAACCAAAGAUGCCCAAAACCAAAGCAUCCUCAGGGUCAACAGUGUCUGGCGCUACGUCUCCCACUUCAUUGCCUGCAUCAGAGAACGCCUCUACAAUAAAGAGUGAACCCAAUAUCGCAGCUUCACCGUAUGCAGGCCAAACUGUUGUCUCAGUCACACAAGCAUCGACACAGUUGGACAGUACCAGUUCAGGACAUGUGGACAUCAAAUAUGAAGACUACACAUACACCCCGACGUCAAUCGCCCCACAGAAUUCCUGGUGUGCGCUGUCCCAAGCGUGAUGUGAGACCUACUACCUUUUCUAAACCUCUCCAGUGCAUUCUGGGAGAAAAGACUUUUAACAAGAUCUACCUAAUAGAACCUUUACACAAAUGUAGAGAGACGGAGCUUAGGAAUGCAAGAGAUUGACUGUAAUUUGUGCUACUUUGCCUCGUUGCUUUAUUGUGGCAUAUCGGUCUGUGAUGUCACGGCCAAUUCCGGUGGGCGACAAGCAGAAGCUGCGGCUCGGCAACAGUUCUCAAGUUCCUUAAGCAAUGAUCGGGAGGACAAAAAACAUGCUUUUUAUGACUUCUGAACAUGUUUCAUGGCUUAGAUGUUAAUGAUUAAUUUUUAAGAUACAUUAUUUAUGUUGAGAUAAGAAUGGUGGAGGCACACAAGUCUCUCCCAUAAUUCCCCUUAUCCUUCAGGGAAUGCGUCUUUAUGGUCGUUAUGACUUUAGAUCGCAUACUUUCCCUGGAUGAGGCUUUUAAAAGUUUCAUUGUUGUUUUUGCUGAUUCCAGACACUUUUAAUGCUGUAUUGUAUUCCUCCGAUGAUCCAAAGUGCAAUGACCCUCGCUUUUCAGCAAAUUUUGAAAAGGGGCACAUUUAUAUUAAUUGUGUUUUGUCUGAAUAUGUUAACCUAAAUUUAUUUGCUGUAUUUUGUUGAUAUAUAUUGGAAUUAUAUCAUUGUUUUAUUGCAUAUAAAACUGCCAAACAUCUGCUUUGUGUCCGCACUUG